AUGCUUAUACUUCAUGUAAUAAUAUCAUCACAAAUCUUAGUUUCUCAUGAAAAUAAUAUUUAUUCGUCAUUCUAAAAUCUAAAAAAAAACAGUAAUGCAUGGAAUACAGCAGAUAAAAUGAUAACAUAAGUAAUGAUUGUAACUAUAGUUUUUUUAGCAAUUGAAUUAGUUUUUUUGAUUGUAGGAUUAAAUAUGUUUAAUGAUAGAUUUAAUAUUAUACUAUUAAUAGGAGAUGCCGGAGUAGGAAAAACCCAUAUAAUAAAUCGAUAUGUCAAAAAUUAAUUACCUAUGACCAUAGUCCCGACAAUAGGAGUAGAGUUUGCCACAAAAACAGUUACAUUAAAGGAAGGAGGAACAAUAAAAGCGUAAAUAUGGGAUACGGCAGGGUAAGAAAAAUAUAGAAGUAUAACAAGCGCUCAUUAUAGGAAAGCAGUAGGAGCAUUACUAGUAUAUGAUGUAACUAAAGAUAAAUCAUUUAUUUCACUUUAAAAAUGGUUAGAAGAAAUUAGAAUGCAUGCCGAUAAUGAUAUUGUUUUAAUGUUAGUCGGAAACAAAGUUGAUUUGGUAGAAAAAAAUCCUUAGUAAAGAAGAGUUACUAAGGAAGAAGCUGAACAAUUGGCUAAAGAAAAUAAUCUUUUAUUUGAAGAAAGUAGCGCAUUGUUAGAUAUUAAUAUUAGUUAUGCUUUUUAAAAAUUAUUGGAGGAAAUUUAUGAUUAAAAAAGUAGAUUGAUUAGUGAACCUUCCUUUAUUAAAAAUAAAUAAAGUAAUUAAGAAUAUGUUAAAAGUCUAAUUGAUUCUAAAAAUCUUAAAGAUAAUAAUAAUAAGAAUAAUAAUAAUUUAAAUUAAAAUAAUUUUUGUGAUUGUAAUUGA